UAUGGCAGGUGCAGUGACCUGUUCUGCAGGGGAUCAGGACAAGAAGUGAUUGCUGACGCUGAUAACAGGUUAUCCUGAGACUUAUCUGAAGAUCAUUCAUCCUCCAGACCUGUGGACUCUGAGCUCUGCUCUGGACUGUAGUACGUGGUGCAGCUUCCUGCGGUGCUGAACUCCCCAUAUACAGGCUGAAAGUGGGGGGCAUGGUGCUGCCCAGAGUCCAGGUGUCUCUGCUGACCACCGGACCACAGUGAAGAGAAGUGGACGUCCUAGUGAGAAGAAAAUGGGACUGUGGGGAGUGGUGGAGGCGCUGUGCAUGCUCCUUUGCCAGUGCUGCUGGAUGCCUAUGGUCACAUCUCAGACAGAAUCCACCCAAAGAUCCUUCAUCGAUUUCCUCAGGCCACCAGAGAAAGUGUCCAAGAGUCCAGUCCUGGUAGUUUUCUUUCACUGUGAGAGGAACCAGGUUGUCCACGUUGACAUCUUGGCCUCUUCACUUACAAAGCCCCUGGUUGGUAUAUUUAAAAGACGUUGGACUUGCAGCCCUAAUGACACAGAGUCAACAAGAGAAAUGAAGGUGGACUUUCCAGACCAGAUCGUGUACAGAGAAGACUAUUUCUUGAGGCACCCCAUCCAAGUGACGGACGUCCUCUUGAGAGCAUGGAUCUCAGACUAUCCUAUUGACUUUGAUAGACCAGACAGAUACUCCUACAGCAGGGCGGUGGUCAAAACUUCCCAUCUAAUAAAGACCCUACCACUAUAUAGUCGACCCUGCAAAGAGCAUCGGAGAACGUUACGUUGGGACCAGGAUCUUCUAUGGAAUCUCACUAAGGAUGAAAUAAUACAAUGUCCAGUGGAGCAAGAAGUCGUCCCGCUCCUGUCCUUCCUGUACGCCUGCACCGGGGAAAGCUACGGGGUCGUACGGACGCUAAAACCGCACAGGGACCGCGUGCUGGAAACGCACAGGCAGCGGUCCUCAGUGUCCCCACGCUGCACGUUCCGCUUCUGGGUCUACGUUACGCAGUGGUGUCCAUCAACGUUCUGUGGAGUUUUCUACCAUCUGGACAUCAGACAUGAUUACAUAACCCCAGCAGUGCUGAUGACGGACACAGGUCAUCUGCACAUUCAGGUGGAGCUGCUGUCCCAGGAGGCGCAGGCGUUCCUCAGCCACAAGCCCGUGCCCAUGGACCAGUGGUGCCAGAUCCAGCUGACACUGGAGUCCUCGCUGGUAAACCUAACAGUCAUUUGUGGAGAACAUGUUGAUAAGAUGACACACAGAUUCCCAGAUACAAUUUUGCUCUCGGACACGGACGGAAGUUUCCAUCUUGGAGGCUCUAAAUACGUUCAUGGGAUGAGCGGAUUCUACGGGCCGAGCGUUUACUACAGGAACAGGAUUGUGCCCUUGUCCAGGACUCGACCUCCGAGGUUGGUGGACAGCAUAGAGCUCCCUCCGUGGUUCCAGAAGUGCGAGGCCUUCAAGGAAGAAUGUUCCCUCAGGUUCCGGCAUUUUCUGUCACAGCAGAAAACAACAGGAAUCUGCACUGAUGUCUACCAUGAAUACCAGACCCGUUAUGCUCCAAUGUCUUCCGGGCCUCAGAGCUCCAUGUGGGAUUCACCUCCUCUGCCACACAGGGUCCUUAUUACCAGGCUGUUGAGGAGGAGGGUGAGCCGGGCAGGUCACGUCACCUUUAAUGGGGAGCUCUUUGGCCAAGACCUGUAUAGAAUAUACAAGAAGAGGAUCCUGUCUCCUGAUGGUUUCUCCCGAAUAAGACGUUCUCUGGCUCUCCUGCUCCAGGCCGGGUGUCUGGGGUAUCACCCUGCGCUGUACACAGCAGCAGUCCUGCACCAGACAGGCCUGGGGCUGAAGAAGGACACAUCUAAGGCCCUGAGGUUUAGCCUCAUUGCUGCUCAGAAUGACGAGCGUCUCUCUCAGCUGUGUCUUGGGCACAAGCAUCACCUAGGGGUGGACGGGCACCCGCUGGAUUACGACCUGUCCUAUGCGUACUACUCCAAUAUUGCUCGCCAGACAAUGGUGGACCGACUGCAGCCGAACAAGCACCAGGCUUUCGUGGAGUACAUCCGCCUGAUAGACGAGGACAUAUUGAAGAAGCAGACAAAAGAAAAUGAUGAUCUCUUCAUGUGGCUGAGGUUCCAGGCGAGACAAGGGGUGUCUUCAGCUCAGCAAGCCGUCAGCCGGAUGCUCUUCUGGGGUCAGCAGGGAAUCUCCUCCAAUCCUGAGGCUGCAGUGAGGUUCUACGAAAAGGGCGCCAUGCAGAUGAAAGACCCUGUGAUGAUGUACGACUAUGGGGUGGUGUUACUCAGGGGUCAAGGAGUGAAGCAGAACAUCCCUAAGGCGCUGGAGUUCCUGAAGAAAGCAGCGGACAUGGACUUUGCUCCAGCGAUGAACAGUCUCGGCUGGUAUUACGAGCAGUUCGAGAAGGAUUACAAGAAAGCCGUGGAGUUCUGGGAGAAAGCGGAUGAACUUGGAAAUCCUGAGGCUCCGUUCAACCUAGGAAUCCUAAACUACUAUGGGCUAAUCCCUGGGAAGCCUCAGAACCACUCUGCAGCGUACUACUAUUACCUGCGCUCCGCAAUCCGAGGCCACAUUGAUGCAGCCGUGCACGUCUCCUCCUUCUGGAUAGAGGGUCUUCCGGGGGUCGUGGAUCGUCUGCCGUAUGAUGCUGUGAUGUGGACCAAAUGGGCAGGAGAGCAGGACGGGUACCUGGGGGCCACACUGAGGAAAGCUUUAGAUGAUUACCUCCAGAACUCCUGGCCCGGGGCUCUCCUCCAUUAUAUCGAGGCAGCGGAGGCCGGAUUUGAGGUCGCUCAGUUCAAUGCAGCCUUUAUCUGUGAGGACGACCCUGACGGACUGGUGAGACGCUUCAUGCAGAUCGACUGUGCGUGGAAAUAUUACAACCUCUCGACCCACGGCGAACGACCUCCGGCGUACGCUCAGAUAAAGAUGGGGGAUCUGUUCUACACCUCGCACGUCAGAAGGAAGAGGAACGUGGCGGCAGCGGUGGAGAUGUACACAGCAGCAGCACUGCAGCGAGAGCCACAGGGUCUCUAUAAUUUGGGGAUCCUGGUAGAAGAAGGCGUCUCGCUCCCCCGAUCCGCUCUUCGUCAGCUGGGAUUUAACAGCUCGUCUUCCCGCAGUAAUUACACCAUCGUCAUGGAGCUGUACCGCAGAUGUCGCGAUCAUGAGGAGGAGGAUUCGUACGUUCCCUGCAGCCUGGCCCUCCUCAACACCCAUCUCCAGUACAUAUGGACCUUCCAUGGCUCUGUCCUUAAGUGCUCCAGUGCAGCCGCCAUCGCCAUCGUCACCGCUCUCAGUUUGAUGACAAUAUUUGGGAGAUUACAGGCAGCGGCUCAGAACCUGCAGCUAUCCGUGUGAGAAGCCGCCCGGAACGAGCCCUGUCACACCUGUUACAUAUGAUGGGACCCCUGGAUCCAGAUGUGACGGCCAAAUCUGACUGUAUUUAUUGUAUUAAGUAUUACACGGGGUGGGGAGCGGCGAGCG